AUGCUUGAGGAAGAACUGCUCGAGUGGGAAGAGGGAAGUGGUAUAAGCAUUCCUACGCCUAGGUGGCUAAACCGUGUGCAACAAUGCGAGGAACAUCCUCGCCCAACACGUCAGCACUCCCCGUCCUCACUACCUCAGCCACAACCAGUAGUUCUUCCAUCAACGCAAGAUCUCACUCUACCCGCACCCGUUCCAUCAUCCCCAGCAGCUUCCUGCGCAACCAACUCAAUAAUCCCCAAAGCCAACACAUUAGAAGAAUCUCAAGAGACCUUGAUUCCUAUGCGUCCAACAACACCCCUCCUCACUCCCUACGCCUCGUUGCAAUCACCAAUUAUGCUGUCAGCGCCCAGAGCCGGUACUCCCUAUCCCUUUGGGUUACACACUUGCUCACACAAAUCACUCUCCAGAGUCAAACAAGAGGUCAAUGCCAACCUCAAGCAAUGA